UUCCCCGCCGAUCAGACGAGGAUUACGCUUCCUUGUACGGGCGAAUCUCUACUCCGAACUGAUUGAACUCUCGAUAUUACCCCACUUUCUCUCACUCCACGACUAUUCAGAUUUUUCCGGUACCGGGGGACGUCUCUGAUCAAUCGCUAUUGAAGCUGCGAUUUCGUCGCAAUGUACAAUCCUUACCAGCCUCCUGGUCUCUAUGGCAGGCCUCCAGACUUCGGCGCCUAUCCUGGUGCGCCCCCGGGCAUGGCUCCUCCUCCCGGUAUGGUAGCCCCCGGAACCACUCCUCCCCCUGGGAUGCAGCCUGCAAACGCCCAACAGCCUGGUCGUCCGGCAGGCUUCCCUCCCAACUUCCAACCUCCUCCGAACAUGCCCAACAUCAACUUCUCUGCCCCCGUCAUUCGCCUUGGUACGUCCGGACCGAAAUCUGCCACUCCAGAUACGAGCAAAGAACGCGGUAGCGAGGCCCCGGGAAGACGGGCAGGUCUGGGUUCCACCAGUCUGGAAUCCCAGCGUCAGAACGUUCGGGAUGCGAUGAUGCAACUGCAGCCCCCUACCCGCGAGGAAAUUGUGCGGACUCUCUUCGUUGGUGGAAUUACUGAGGGCGUUGGUGGUGACGAGGGUGUGGAGAAGAUUCUCCGUUCGGCGGGCAAUCUCAGGCGCUGGAUCCGCGCUACGGAUGCGGACGAAAAGCCAUGCAAAUUCGGUUUCGCAGAGUACGAGGACCCCGAAAGUCUAGGGACCGCGGUGGAAGUGCUAAAGGACGUGCAAGUGCCUGUGAAGAGACAGACACCGUCCGAGGGAGAUGACAAGGAAGAGCGUGAGGUGGAGAAGAGCACACUACUGGUUGUCGUCGAUGAAAGCUCCUUGAGUUACCUGGAGCAGUACGAAGCCACCAGAGGCGAUCAGGACCCUGCUGAGCGCCAGGCGCGCUUAGAUGCUGCACGCAGUACCCUCGCGAACGUCCUCUCUGACUUGUGCCAUCCUACAUCCCCUACUCAGAAGGAAGAUGUUUCGGCAAUCGACCGCGAAGGAGACACGGCCAUGAAGGACUCAGAAGGUCAGACCGAUGGUACGGGAGCGGAGGUUGUCACCAUUCCUAUCACAGUGGAAGACGAACUUUCCGAUAUUCCUCCCGAGAUGAGAGAGACAGUCGCCAAAGAGAUCGCCGCCUUCCGUGAGCGCAGUAACCGUCGGGAUAUUGAGCGUUUGAAGAGGGAGGAAGAGAUCGAGUCCAUGGAGAGAGCACGCAAUGCAGGCACGCGAUUCAACCGACUGGCAUCGCCCCCGCCUUCCGCUCCGAGUGGCCCUGCGGCUGGUGCCAAUGGAGUCCCACUGGGUCCUCGGGAUCGCAGCGUGUCUACGGCGCCUUCUGGCCCUAAGGGCUUUGGCGUGCAGAUUCCUAAGGACUACCAAAAGGGUGUGUCUUUUGUCAAUGGCGGUUCUAUAAACGGGGCUACUACUGUUCACUUUGAUCGCGAGGAAGAAGAAACAGACGCUAGUGAUGAGGAGUUGGAGCGUCGCCGUCAGGAGAAAAAGGAAGCGGAACUCGAGAAGCAGUUCCUUGACCAGGAGCGCCGCUGGCUGAACCGUGAACGCAGUCGAACUGCCGCCCUGGAGCGCGAAAAGAAGAGAGACAAGGAAGAGGAGGCUAAGAUGCAGGAAGUUCGUGAGGAGAUGGACAAGCGGUACAGGGACUGGAACGACGAUAACGAGGCCGCGCGCAAGGUGGAGGACUAUUAUGCCGACCGGGGUGCAUGGCUACGUAGCCGGGCAGGAUUCCGAGCUCGCGAGGUCAGCAUGGACGAGGCAGAUCGUGCGGCGGAAGAACGCGAACGGGCCCGGUCUGUCCAACAACGGGAGCAGGCCCGCGGUAUGGCCGACGACUUCCUUGCGCGCCAGGCGGAAGAGCUGGAGACUCGGAACCAGGCCCCUCGGGAGCCUCAGCGCUUCAAGCUCUCCCUCGGGGCCGCUGCGCAAAAGGCCCAGGCUGCUACAUCCCGUCGGACGGUGGCCGAGGUGGAAGGCCUGCUGGAGGACGAGGAAGAGCCUCAGGCCACGGCUCGGCGUCCUCUCAUCCCGAUCAAGUUCGACAGUGCCGCCGAGGCGGCUGGUCUCUCCGACGAGGAACGGGCACAAGCAGCCCGGCAACUGGCCGCCGAGAUCCCGACGGACAAGGAGGGACUCUGGGGCUGGGAGGUCAAGUGGGAGUUUGUGGACGAAACAGUGGUCAGCGAGCAACUCAAGCCGUUCGUCGAGAAGAAGAUCGUGGAGUACUUGGGUGUUCAGGAGCAGAUGCUUGUGGAUGUGGUGGAAGAACAUGUUCGCAAGCAUGGUCAUCCCCAAGAGCUGGUGGAGCAAUUGGAGGAGGCACUCGACGAAGAAGCCGAGGUGCUGGUCCGCAAGCUGUGGCGGAUGAUCAUUUUCUUCUCGGAGAGCGAGAAGCGAGGUCUUUCUGGAUAAAUGGUGUAUAUCUGCUGUUGGGGUUCAGCAUCACACGGAUGCUGUCUCUAUAUACCCAUGCAUUCCGAAGAUUGUCUGUACCUAACGCCAGCGAUAGUGAUUUGAAUCUGAUAUCC